GUACGGCUUUGCGUUCCUCUUCGGCUUCCUUUUGCUGUACUGCUGCUCUGGCUUCCGCUGGCUCUGCCUGGCGCUGAACAUCGUCGGCGCUGUCACCGCUGGUGUUGUCUGGGUGCUCAUGGUGGUGACCUACAGAGUCCAAGAACCAAAAUGCCCGGAGCUAAGUAUAACCUACAAUUUCGGCACUGGCUUCGGUCUAAUUUUGUGCGCCUGGGUGCUGGAUAUCCUCGACCUCAUCUUCCUGAUGCUCCCGUGGCAACUCGGGGAAUCCGGUGAGAGUGAGGAGUCGAAGGAGCAUACGGAGGAGAUGGAGGAGGAAGAGUCAAAGCCAGAGGAGGAGGAGUAUAAGGAUAUGGAGUAG